ACAAGCAACCAACCAAAUAUUGUGAUUUUUAAGCCAGCCAAUCAGUGGCUGUAGAAGCAAUAUACACUGCAAAGAUAGAAAAAUAUUAUCUCGUAUAUUCGAGCCCAUAUGGGUAAUAAAUAUCUAUAUGAUGCACUAGAUGCCUCUGUAACGUGAACACCAUUUAACCACCAACUGAAAUAUUGAAAUGCAAAAAAAAAAAAAAAAAAAAAAAAAAGUAAGAAAGAAAGAAAGAAAACUGUGUACUCUUUUUCAGGGAUAUGGAGACGAAAUGGAAUUCAGGUGUACACGUCUAUUUUACCACAGCAGUUUAAUAAUGGACAGCCAUGUGGUGAACAAAUCACAGGUAACAUGGAUGGGUCUGACAUCUCGGAUGUACCAACUAGAAACUGUGACAUGAUUGGCAGGUACGUGACACUCUACCAAGCCACAGAUAACCGUGGGACAUGUGGUGAUUUUCAUUGUGAUGGUUCAACGGCCAUGGAUUUCUGUGAAGUUUUGGUUAUGGCAUGCACGCCGAAUGUCAAAUACGGAGCUAACUGUGACAUGAACUGUAACCAACGUAAAUGUGCAUCUUCGUCUGCAUCCUGUGAUGUACAGACAGGAAAUUGUGGAAAUGGUGGAUGUCGCCCAGGUUACCAGGGAGUCGACUGCACGCAGGCAUGUUCGAGUGGCGACAACUAUGGACCAAAUUGUGCGAAACUCUGUAAUCAACGUCACUGUGUGUCAUCUUCAUCCUGUAAUAUACAGACAGGAGUCUGUGAUGCUGGGGGGUGUACAGCUGGCUGGAUCGGAGUUGACUGUGCACAAGGCAUGUCUCAAGAAUAUGUUGGGUCGAGUAAUGCCAAAGAUAUCUCAUUUGGCGUUCGGCCCAAGAUGUCCACGUACCCAAUAGUAUUUUAUAUAAUGUUACCAAAGAUUGAUUAA